AUGGGUGACCGAUCAGGGUUGAUGGCUGGAUGGAUUGGCGGAUUAGGGACUGUGCUUGGUCGCCUGCUCGACAUGGAUGGCAAGUUAAAGCGAGAAGAUAAGAGGGAAAGAGAUGUGACACAUGUCACACGGCGUGUUGGAAGCAACCCAUCCCAGCAGCGACCAGAUGGGCUAGAACAUUGUCGGCUGAGGAAAGCGAGUCUGCAAAGUGGGGGAAGUGGAGGACACCCCAGAGACCGUCUUCUUUCUACUGCUAACCUCCUGGUCGGAGGAAUGUUGCUGUCUGGAGAAGAGCGAGCUGAACAAGCUGAGGAUGGGCGGAUCCCUCCGAUCGGCCUAAUUCAUAGCUUAUUCCAGACAGGGCGAGUGACUGGCAGGGACCCUAACCCUAGUGCUCAAAGAGGGAAUCCCUGCAUGAGGAUGAAUAAAAUUGUGUCUGCCAUUUUAUGCGGAUCAUGA